UUAGUCCGUUCUUUUGUUCCCACACAAAAUGCAUACGAUCGCGACUUACGACUACGAUUGCACCCGAAAAUGCAGAAAAUCCGAACACGGGAACUCCAUAACGGCAGCCUUGACAAAAAGAUCCAUUUCGAACGAAAAGUUGGCUCGAUUCAUCGCCAAAAAGUGUCGAAAUUUCGCCGAAAUCUUAGAUGAUGAGGGACGUUCUGCAUUGCAUUUGGCAGUUUCGGUCGGUGAUCGUUAUGACAUUGUGGAAUUUUUGCUCCGGCAAGGCGCCUCAGUGAAUUUACGAGAUCGCGAAUCAGGUCAAUCAUCGUUGACGCGAGCAGUGCUCUACGGGAAUCUCGCAGAAGCAGUUCUGUUGGCACGGAAUGGCGCCACACUGAUGCCCGAUAAUGAUUUCAUCAAUCCGUUGCAGUAUUGCCAUCGCGUGAAGAAGCCGAUUGACAACGAAAAUCGAUGCGAAACCUUUGUUUGGGGCAAAAAUAAGAAUUACAACAUCGGGAUUGGGAAUGUGCAAGAGAAGACGACACCAGAUUACUUGGAUGCCUUUCGAAAAGCGCGGAUUUAUGUGCAACAAGUGUCGAUGAGCUCGUUUCAUACGAUGUUUGUGACGGAUGAUGGGGAUCUGUAUGUGACGGGACAUGGCACGGGUCCUGGAGGACGAUUGGGAACGGGAGAUGAAUUGACGUUGGUGAGUCCGAAGAAGGUAAAACUUCCGUUUAAGGAGGAAGAUGAGAAAAUUAUCGAUAUUAGUGCGGGAAAGAACCAUUCUUUGGUAUUGACGAACAAAAAUCGCGUUUAUGCGACAGGAUCGAACAGUCAUUCGCAGUUGGGAAUCAAAUCCAUACCGGAAAUGUUGUUAUCUUACAUGGAGAUACCGACAAAUUUUAGUGAAGCAAAGAAUGUUAUUGCAAACGACUAUUCCUCAAUCGUUGUUACCAACACAAGUAUAUACGGUUUUGGUACCAAUAUCGGUCAAUUCGGGUUACGACGGGAUGUUGAAAGACUUUUUAGUCCUCGAAAGAUCAACACGAACAAAGAACGCUUCCCAUUGGACAUUGUAGCUACCACAAAUGCCGCUGUGAUAUUCUACUCGAGCACUUCCGCCCUCCUGUACAUCCUCUACAAGUACGAAACGAAAAUCUACAAGAAACCUUUAAUGGAACGCAUUACCCAAAUAAGCGCCACAGGCGGAAUUAUCGCUGACGGUCACAAAAAUUGCCAAAAACAGGACAAACCAUUACGUUUUAUCGUGCUUACCGAAUUUCACAACGUCUUUAUUUGGUACGAAGCCACUGAAAAGUUCGUCAAAUGUUCGUUUACAGCCUCACGUUACCUGGAAAUUGAUAAAAUUGUUUGGUCAAACGAUGAAAUUCUCCUGUCGUACAUGGGAAACUUGUACAAGGGAUCGGCAACGCAUGAAUUGAAACAUAAAACAGUCAAAAUUCCCGGCGAAUAUCAAGAAACGUACGUCAAAAAGGAAGUAAGUUCGGAUCAAAAGACAAAAAUCGAGCUGAAACGCAUCCCUUUCAUUGAUAAAGUGAUAGAAUUCUGCUCGGAUCCGGAAGGAGACAAUUUCGUCGCUCUCGUUGAGAAUUCACGAAAAUAUCAUUCGUUUACGGAGUUCAUUGAGAAGUCUUAUGACUAUGGAAAUCUUUUUGCUGCUGUCGAUGAAUAUGAUUCUGUGCAUGAUUUGACGUUCAAAAUGGGUUUUCGCAGUUUUCCUGCUAACCAAAUCAUCAUUUGCCAUCGUUCGGAGUACUUGAAAAAAAUCAUCGAAGAUCAUGCGGGAGAAAAAAUCAUUGAAUUGCGAGAAUUAUCGGAUUUGGGACUGCCAUGUGACAUUUUUGAAUUGAUUUUGCGGUAUAUUUAUACGAAUCAACCGAUUAUGAAGACAGAAAUUGAGAGAAUUACCGUGGAUUAUGCCCAAACAUUCACAAUGCUAAAGAAAGUAUUGACCGUUAUGGGACUCCAUGAGCUUAUUACUGCUCUCAAAAAGAACAGUCAAAAGAUAACAACUCCUUUUACGCCCUUGAAACGCACAGAUUUCCCUGAAUUUUAUGACGUCACUCUCAAAUUGGACUGCGAACAGGAGAUUCAAGCUCAUAAAUGCAUCCUCAUGUCACGUUUGGAGUACUUUAACAUGAUGUUCGAUCACAGUUGGGCUGAACAGGAUACUGUCAACUUGAAAUCCGUGCCCAUUGAGUUCAUGCAACCCAUAAUAGACUUUUUGUAUUCGAAUGCGACCGAAGAAAUUCGUGCCACGAAAUACAGUGACAACUACAUGUUUAACAUGAUAACGAUUUGUGAUCAAUUUUUUGUUACCGAAUUGAAGACAAUUUUCGAGUUGAUGAUCAGCGAAAAGAUUCACGUGAAAAAUUGCGGAGAAAUUUUGGAGUUUGCUGACACUUACAACUGUGAAACGCUUAGAAAUUGUUGCAUGCAGUACAUUUCACUCAAUUUUUCGCGGAUUUUGGAGUUGCGAACACUUGAGUCGACGGAACCGAAGGUCUUGCAACAAGUAAAUAAAUUUUAUCGACAAUUUUUCAGCUUGGUUUCGUACUGGACCAUCACGCCAUAUGCAAAUGCUGUCACUGACGAGGAGUUGGAACAAUUUGUCGCAGAUUUUACGGUGGAUUUAAAGGCAAAUCCCGACGAUGGAGCGAAACAAAAGCAAAAAACGAAAACUAUAAAGCCCAGUAAAAGUCUUCUCGAUCGACGGAGUUACGAAAAAGUCGGGAUAAUCGCGAUGCAGGAAGAGUCAUCGCAAAAUUUGAUGCCUGUAGUGUCGGAAGAUUCAAAGCAACAAGAAUUUCUGAGUGAAAUGACGCAAUUAACGGAGAAAUUUGAAUCGGAAGCAAAGUUAUGGACAAAAGUAAACGACAAAAAGGACGUCAAAAAGAAGCAAAAUAGUGUCUUAACGUCAUUAAAAGUCAAUGACAUUCUCAAGACUGAAUCAAAAUCUUCUAAUAGCUUCACAAAUCUGAAAGCAACGACACCAACAACGCCAAAAGUUAUCGAAUCCCCCAAUAGUCGCAGCACAAUCGAACGCACACCGGAACCAAUGACGCCGAAACAAGCCAUAGAAUUGACUGAAAACUCCCCACGGACCAAAUUAACCUUCUCCAUUGCCGAUAUCACGCCGUUAAAGAUGAAAACGAAAAACAGAAAACGUCUUUCAUCGGGAUCCACAAGCGAUGUACGGAAUUUCUUUCAAAACGAAAGUCCAACUGUAGCUCCAGUCACUCCGCCAAACCCUUGGAAGACGAUUCCAAAUAUCGAAAGCUCGCCAUUGAAAUCUGAUCCGCUGCCAGGACCGUCAACAUCUUCAGCAGCUGCAGUACCGAAGACGCCGCCCGCUACAAAGUCCUUUCAAAGCAUCGUGAACAAUGAGCGGAAACAAAAACAAUUGAUUGAAAAAAUCAAAACAAAGUCGCUGGCAUUGACACAACUCGAGGAAAAGUGCAUCGAGGAAUUGCACGAAUUUUAUAACGUUGAUAACAUUUUUGAUGAAUCGAUAACGAUUGAGCGGCGUCAGGUGUCAUGUGACGACGAUAGAAUUCAAUGCGUAAAGUGGUAUCAAGAUAAAAAAUAAAUCAUUACAACUUGAAUAUUUGUAUGAUAUUUAUCGGAGAUAUUUAUUAUUUAUUUGAGUUGCAGUUUCGUUUUUUGAAAGAAUAAAAAUUUCUUUAACAUUUUUUU